AUGGAACGCGGCGGCCGUGAUCAAGUUCCUUCCUGGGAUGGUGAAGCUGCAGGUUGGAACACCUAUGUGAGAAGGGUGAGGCUCUACUGGGAGCGCACGCCGUCGAAGAAGCGGAAGCUUGUCGGAGCUGAGUUGGCCAGCCGGCUGUCAGGACGCGCCUGGGAUGUGAGUGGCGAUCUUGAUCACGCCCGGCUUCAGGGGCGUGAAGGUGCUACCUAUCUUCUUGAGUACCUGGAGACUCGCCUGGGCCGCUCGGCAAUUCCCGACCUGGGAACUCGCCUGGAGGACUUCCUUGUCCGUCUUAGGAUCUCCGAAGAAGACCACCACCGGGUCGCCAAGGAGGGCGGCACCAGCCACGUCGCCUCCGGCAUCGAGCUCUGGACCCACCGGUCGCGAGCGAGCGCAGCCAUCGUGGUGACCAAGGCUGGACUGCGGCUGAGUGGGAGGACUGGUGGAAUGGGCAAGGACAGCGAUGAGGACGAUGAGCCGGAGCCCGAGUGGGAGCGCUUCCAGCUGGAGGAGGUCGAUGCCUUGCCCCAGGAAGUCCUGGGAUGGAUCCUCCUUCGUCGUGCUCACCUUCCUUCGCAUGCUCGGCUGUCCGUCCUCGCCGCCACCAACAACAAGCUGGACCUUGACCUCAUCGAGAAGGCCCUUCGCGACCAGGAGGAGGACCUUCUUCAAGCAGAAGAACGCCGUGGGCCUCGUCGUACUUACUGGGUUGAGCAGGAAGGCUCGUGGGGUCUGCUUCUUGACGACCUCCCGGCUGACGACUCCCAAGGGAAUGUGCAUUGGGUCGGCGAGCGCUUGCCCGAGGAAGUGCAUCCGGUCUUCUCGGCUGAGGAGGAACCGGAAACGUGGUGCAGUAUGCAUGGCGACGCUGAGGUGUACUGGAGCUACCUUGACGGAGACUGGUGGACCGAAGAUCCGGAAGGUGUCUGGUGGAACUGGUCGGACGCCAAGCCGUGGUUUGAGGUGAAUGAGGCCAUGGCUGUGGACCCGGCGGUCGGCAAGGAGCUCCAGGAAGCCUUGACCCUCUACCAGGAUAAGGUGCGAUCGUUCAAAGAAUCCCGGCAACUGGUGGCUGCUAGGAACACGGCCCGUGGCUUCUACCCGCUGAACCCCAAGGGCAAGGGCAAGAGCAAAGGAAAAGGCAAAGGGCCGUUCGGCGGAAAAGGAAAAGGGAAAGGAAAGAAAGGGCCAAACACCCCGGCUUCUUCGACUUCUUCCCCUUCGGCGGCCAUGGCGGCAGAUGGCGGGCAGAAGCCCGGAAGCUCCUCGUACACGGGGUGCUUCAUAUGUGGUGCUAAGGACCAUGAUUUUCGUCGGUGUCCGAAGCGCGGUUCCGGAAAAGGGGCCGGAGCUGCCCACCUGUUGAGCGACAGCCCGUGGAGCGAGGCGCCGACCUUCAUGGUGAUGCCCGGUGAUGACGCCGCUGAGCCGGGAUCCAGUGCUGAGGCCUUUGCUGUGCAGGGGAACACCCAGAUCACCGAGCAGGCCGAGAUGCCAUUGUGCUAUAUGCACGUGAUUGCCGGCAACCCCCAGGACGACUUCGCCUUCGGCAACUUCCAGAUGGAGGCGGCUAUGUCUGUGACCGGCCAGUUACACCCAGGGUUCGCUGUGAUCGACAGCGGGGCCACGGAGACGGUUGGCAGCCUUGAUGCCAUCGAAGCUGUGGUGGCGAUGCGCCGCCAACGCUAUGGAAUGGAGAGCGUCCGAGUGUACCCGGAAGCCCGCCGAAGCUUUCGCUUUGGCAACGCCCAGCAGGAGACCGCCACUUCCUAUGUAGAGGUUCCUCAGACCCUGGGCGGCAAUGCUAUCUCCCUCGGUGUCUUUGCGCUUGACGUGCCCCGCAUCCCGAUCCUCUUGAGCAUUCGGACUUUGAAGAAGCUAGGUGCUGAGAUCAACUUCCAACGCAAGACCAUAGUGUUCAAGGCCGUUGACCCUGGAGUUACCAUAGGCCUCCAGGAGAGUGCGUCAGGUCACCUUUUGCUAGAUCUGGCGCACGAUUGGUUGCGCACACCCGGUGCCGGCCAAAGUUUCUCCGGAACCGUCUUGAGCCAGGUCUUGUCCGGAUAUAAGGAGGGCGCGGGACAUGUGCAGCAACCUGAGCCUGGGGGCCCCGACAGCGAGAACUUCGGCGUCUUCACACAACAACCUCUCGAGAGUCGAUGGGGACACUGCUGUCCCAACAAUCCCCCCGUCAACUUCCUCUUCGUGAUCAUGGCGUCGGCUCCUGGACACACUCCGGGCGAGAGCAGCGCCUCGGCACCGAAGGGUGCCCCAAAGACCAAGGCAAAGGCGAAGGAGAAGGUAAAGACCGAGUACGAUGUGUCAAGAGCAGUUGGGCCGGAUCCCCGCGAUCCAAGGACAGCCGGGCCGCCGUGCAACGGGAACCACGUUCCGAUGGCAGCCGGCCGCGGGAGCCUGUCGGAGUCGGGGGCCAAUGCGCACGGCCGCUGGGAAGUGUGCAAGGAGUGCCGCCUGCGACUCCUUUAUGUGCCGGCCUUUGGCGCUCACGCUCAUUACCGCCAGGCUGGACCGUUGCCAGUGGACGCGAAGAAGGCAGUGGAGAUCAUGGAGGAGCGUGUUGCAGCCGGGAAGCCGGCGGCCAAGGAGACCUUGAAUGCCAAGGCGGUGGCGCUCCAGGGGGCGGAGGAUUCUCUUCUACGACGCCUCGAGACCGUCCGCUCUCAGAAGGCCCAGGCCCUUGGGAAGGCGAGCAGCGAGAAGGAGAAGGACGGCGGCUACCCGAAGGACGUUCGCGCCGGCGACCUCAACGACAAGCCGAAGGACCGCGGGGCCCGACCAAAGGUGAAGGCAGCAGCUCAGGCGGUAAGCUCCGACUCGGGAAUGAGUGCCAAGGACGAUCCACAGCGUGUGCCAAAGAAGAGUGUCAAGCGGAACAAUCCCAAGGCUGCCGAGGAACAGGAAGCGCUGACCAAUGCCGAGGCGGAGACGUGGACCAAGGUCAAUCCCCCGAGCCCGGGGGCCGCAACGAUCCGCGAGUCCAUGAAGGAGAUCCUUGCGGGCUUUGAUCAUGAUGUGGCUGAUCUGCCAAAGCACCGGAUGAGCCCCUUCGAGUACGACUUUGGACGGAAGGCCGGUGUGGAGCAAGCUUUGGAAGACAGUGUACCGGAAGGGCCCGACGAUUCCCAAAGGACUCACCUGCAUCGCAGAAGGAGGUGCCGCAAAGUCUUCAAGACCGCCCUUAGGCUUGCUGAGGACCAGGUGCGCCGUGGUGCCCACAUGGCAUGGGAAUGGCCUAAGGACAGUCUGGCUUGGAAGGAGCCCGAGAUGAAGGGCUUCAUGGCGAAGCUUGCGAAACGAGGGCACCUACAUGUGGCCAUCUUUCUUGACGAGGCAGCCGGGAAGAAAUGGCAGAUUGUGUCGACGAGCCCCGACCUUCGCAGAUCAAUUGUGUAUGCGCAGGAGGGCUUGUCAUCCAGGAGAUCUGCGGCUGCUAUGUCCCGGUCCUUGUCGGUUUCUUCGAGAUAUCCUCCCAAGUUGUGCCGGGCCGUUGCCGAGUUUGCCCUACAGGCCGAUCACCUUGGUGGCGCAGCAGCAGAAGCCCAGGCCUUUGGACUGAGUGACGAACCGCUCCUUGAGUCAAAGCUGGACCCCGCUGACCGCAAGCGGGCAGAGGCACUGGUUCAUCGACUUCAUGUUCGUGCCGGGCAUCCCUCUGGCAAAACUCUGGCAAAGGUGCUGCGUGCCCGGGGAGCCCACCACGAGGUCAUCAAGAUUGCCAUGGAACAUACAUGCCCAGACUGCCAAGAGAUGCGCCUCCCGGACCUUUCUCCUAGCGUCUCUCUCCAGCAAAGUGAGGUGCCAUGGAAGGUGAUCCAGAUCGACAACGCCGAGAUCAGGGUCGAUGACACGGUGACCCACUUUAUGCUGAUCACCGACGAGGCCACCCACUUCACUGUCGUUGCUAAGCUCUUUGACCGGCACUACCAGGACGGCAGGAAUGCGACUGCGGAGGAGGCCAUCCUGGCAAUUGAGCAGCACUGGACCCAGGCUUAUGGAUUUCCCGAUCGGCUUCGAUGUGAUCCCGAGGGGUGCUUCCGCUCGAAGCUCUUAGAAGCCUGGGCGGCCGACAUUGGCAUUGAGGUGACGCCGUGCCCUGCGGAGGCACAUCACCAGAUUGGCCAGGUGGAGUCUUUGGUGAGGAAGAUGAAACAGGAUGCCACGACCCUUCUUGCUGGCCAUCCUGUGGGCGCUCACCGUGCUCUUCUUCAUUGCGCCGCGGCCCACAACACAGUGCACAGGGUGCAGGGCUUUAGCCCGGCCCAAUGGGCUUUUGGGCGCGACUUUGGAGUUGAUGGGCGUCUGUUUGAGAGCGAGCAAGGCCUCCCCCUGUUGCAGAACGCCGUGGAAUCAGGACACAGCUUCCAUGACCACAUGGCUGUGCGAACGGCGGCGGAGGACAUAUACCGGAAAUCCCAGGCAUCCUAUCAACUGGGGCGGCUCUUGAAUAUGAAGUCGCGCAGGAAGGUGCAGUUCAUUCCGGGCGACCUGGUGUUUUAUCGUCGUGUGCAGCCUCCAGCAGACACGCCCGCACAUCCAGGCCUUGGGUUUGCAAAAGUUGGUCAGGGCAGAUGGUUCGGGCCGGGACGUGUGUUGGCGACUGAGACUCGGAGCGACGCUCAAGGAAUGGUCCGAAAGCCAUCCCAGACUGUGUGGGUCAUUUCAAAUGGCCGUCUCAAGCGAUGCAGCCCUGACCAGCUUCGGCAUGCAUCCGAAAGAGAAGCUGCGAUUGCUGAGGCUACCGAUGCUGCGACGCCACCGUGGACCUUUCAUAGCUUGCUGCAGACCUUGGAAGGCACCGGCUUCGAGACCUUCGACGACUAUGUGUUCCCGGAGGACAUUGGGUCUCUGCCUCAUGUGUCCAGGGGUCGCUCCAGAGCAAGGUCACGGGAGCCAGCCACCGCGAGAAAUGAGGGCACAGAGAAGCAAGUACGAAGUGCCCAGAAUCCAAUCCCUCGCACUCCUGCCGGUUCCCGUGGUGUGUCAGUAGAUGAUAGACAGGGCGCAGAGAAGCGAGAACGAAGUGCCCAGAAUCCAGUUCCUCGCACUCCUGGUGGUCCCCCGGCGGCCUUGCCGACAGUUGAUCCUCAGCGGUAUCUUGGUGACCCCACAUACUUCUAA